AUGCCGGUGAAGGUAGCUACGAAUGAAGACAUUUUAAUGUCUGAAAAUGAUAAGGCUGAUACUAAAAUCAAAUAUGAAGAUGCGAUUGAGUAUUGGUCAAAUGUUCCAGCAUCAGUAAAUGGUGUGUUAGGGGGGUUUGGAGAACAAACGCAGGUUCCUAGGGUAGACAUAGUCGGUUCAUCAACAUUUUUAAGAAAACUUAAGACAAGAAUGGAAUGUACAGAAAACCAAGGCAAGCUCACUAUAGAAAUGGGUGCUGGAAUUGGCCGAGUUACGAGAGACCUUUUGUGGAAAAUCAGUGAUAGAUGUGAUCUCUUAGAACCAGUUGUUCCAUUUCUAAAUCAAAUGGAAACUGAAUUGAAUAUGGUCCGUGAGCGAGGGAAAUUGGGUGAAAUUUACAGAAUGGGGAUGCAAGAUUGGAUAUGCCCUCAAGCAAAAAUUGGUAAAUAUUGGUUGAUUUGGUGCCAAUGGUGCGUUGGUCAGCUCCCUGAUGUGGAAUUUAUAGAGUUUUUGAAAAGAUGUAAAAAUGCAUUGAUGGAAAAUGGAACUAUAAUUGUUAAAGAGAAUAUUGCGCCGGAAGAAGACAUUUUUGAUGAGACUGACUCAUCGGUCACUAGAAGCGAUGAAAAAUUUAGAUUUUUGUUUAAAGAAGCUGGGCUCAAGUUAAUUGCUAGCGACUUACAGAAGGGCCUUCCCAGAGAAUUGUACCCCGUGAGAAUGUAUUGUCUAAAGUCUAUAGUGGAGUGA